UUAUAUAACUUGUCCACCGUUUUGAAUUUCGCAUUUUCCUCUCCGUCGCUCAAUUCCUCGCAUCGCAGAGUCGCAGACCCUUUGCUUGUCUCUCUCCUAAAGAUUUUCCUCUCUCUCCCUCUUGGAUAUGGCGGAAUCUAAGAGCAAAGCUGAAUCUAUAAGGGGAUGGGUAGUCGAGCAUAAGCUUCGAACAGUUGGGUGUCUAUGGCUUAGCGGACUAGCAGGUUCGAUUGCGUACAAUUGGUCUCAACCAAAUAUGAAAACCAGUGUCAAGAUUAUUCACGCUAGGUUGCAUGCACAGGCUCUUACGCUAGCCGCAUUAGCUGGUGCUGCAGUGGUUGAGUGGUAUGACCACAAGACUGGAGCAAAGGCCGACCGAUACGCAAAGUUCCUUCCAGUUGAUACUUUUUCGCAUAAGGAUUAAGUGAAUCUCCCAUUUAACUGUGUCAAGUAAACUUUGCUGGGAAUAUUACCAAUGGAGGAUAAUAAAAUUACUUGUAACAAGCCCCCCAUACAUGUUUUGCCACUUACUCAUCACAUUUCUUGCGGUUGUAUUGGGGCUUUUGGUACCACAGUAUUAAGUAUUUCAUUGUGAUUUCUUUAUAUAGAUUAUAUUAAUUACAUAUGCUGGUAUCUGAUAUUGAUUUGUUGUUGA